GGUGAAGGACGUUUCUAAAAAGGACAACACAACCAUGUGGCCUGCAGUUCCUCAACUGCAGAAACGUUAUCUGAUCAUAAUCUGAAUCAACUUGUUUGGAAUUUGCAGUUCGUUACUAUAGCUCCACAUAUUAAUGUGUUACAGAUGACAGGUGUUCCGUGUGAUGGGGAAUGAUUGAGGGGGAACAUGAGGAAGACGUAGACAACACCUGCUCCAGUAGUCCACCAGUAUGGAAAAUUUGAGGACAGAAAUGUCCGCUGUCACCCUGUGCUGUGACAAUGGUAACCAUGGUGAUCUGGAAAAAGAAUUUACAUGGAAGAAACCACUUGAACUGUUUUCUGAGAAGAAAGUGGUCAAGAUGUGUGCCCCCAUGGUCAGAUACUCCAAACUCCCCUUCCGGCUGCUGGUCAGGAAGUACGACUGUGACGUGGCCUUCACCCCCAUGAUCAUCUCCGAAAGUUUCAUACAGUCCCAGAAGGCCAGGGAUAGUGACUUCACAACGUGUCAACGUGACCGCCCCCUGAUUGUACAGUUUGCAGCAAGUAAACCCAAAGAUUUUGCUGAUGCUGCAGAAGUCGUCUCCCCAUAUGCUGAUGGUGUUGAUCUCAACUGUGGCUGUCCUCAAAGAUGGGCGAUGGCUGAUGGCUACGGAGCCUGCCUCAUCAACAAACCCGAGCUGAUGUGUGACAUCGUGAAGGAAGCAAGAGCCAGGGUACCUCAGGAAGAAUUUACAGUGUCAGUGAAGAUACGAAUCCAUAAAAAUAUCAGGGAUACAGUGGACCUCUGUCAGAAGGUGGAGAGAGCCGGGGCCUCAUUCAUAUCCGUCCAUGGUCGUACCAAGGAUGAGCGCUGCCAACCUGUCCACUACGACGCCAUCAGGACCAUCAAAGAGAGCGUCAACAUACCUGUGGUUGCCAAUGGCGACAUCAAGUCAAUGGAUGAUGUGUUGGAUGUCUGUGACAAGACAGGAGUAGAUGGUGUGAUGUCGGCGCGGGGCAUGCUGUCUAACCCCGCCAUGUAUGCCGGCCACAAGGAGACCCCCCUGCAGUGUGUCAGGGAGUGGGUGGACCUGGGGCUGAGUCUGGGAGCACCGUUCUCCAACUUCCACCACCACCUCAUGUACAUGCUUGAGCAGAACCUGUGUCGGGCGGAGCGGCGCUACUUCAACUCCCUCACCAGCAUGUCAUCCGUCCUUGACUUCCUCAACACCAACUACAGCGUCUCCUGACACCAGCUACAUCUCCUGGCACUACUACGGGUUCUGGCACUACUACGGGUUCUGGCAUCAGGCUUCUGACGUCAUCCACAGCGGGUCCAAGAACAACUAUCCUAGGUCCAGAAGCUGACUACAAUAGGUUCUGACACCAACUGUGGCGCCACCAGGCAACCACUGUGGACACUAUCCUGUAUUUUGAUAACUGGUGUCGGAAGUGCACCAUAGUUUCCUCCCAUUGUUCAGGGUAAUGACCGAGGACUUGAAUCGAAAACACUGUAAACUUGAAAUUAAUUCAUUCUGGAGAGUAGUAGCGUAGCACCAGAAUAUAAAACUGUUCAGGUCACUGUUAAUCAGCCACUGUUCAGAUUGUCUACGUUGUGACAGAGAGUCAGCCCUCGCCACUCUUAAUAGAAUGACGAAAUAUUGAUUAAUUAAUUAAUGAAGAUAGCUUCCUGUGUGCAAAUACCUAAGAAGUGAUAAAAAAAUAUCUCCUUCACAACUGUAAGUAAUAUGCCAUAUCGUGGGAAUGGCUGCUUUUCACUCUAUAAGUAUUACCACACAUGCAGCGACCUUCGUUUGGACAUAAUGUUUGGAGUUGAAUGGAUCAAGGGAAUUAUGUAUCUUGUAUAAUGUAUAUAUAGAAUACUAAACGAGCUUCUGUGUAAUACCAAUUUUAUGAAACGAGUGAAUCGUUGUCGUAUCUGACGAGC